UCGUCACCCUGCCUAAAGAUUGAAAGAAUAUGGAAGUAACUGUUAAAAAAAACUAAAUAAACAAAUGAUUCGCUUAAGAAUUAAUGAAUGUAUACAGGAAGUAAUUGAUGCAACCCGGAAAACAUUUUUGUUCUCACAAUUGCAUGUCCUUGCUGCAUCCGUCAUAUACGAGUUUAUAAAGAAUCGUCAGGAUUUCUUUACUCAAGUCUUUCAAGUAUGCCGAGACAAAUUUCUCAUCGUUAUUUAUUAUUUUGUUUAUUCGUGAGUGCGAUCCUAACUUGCGGAUCGUCACGAAGGAUUCCUAGAGGAGCAUCCUGUCCCUCGUGUAGUCAAGACUGUCCAGAAGCCUUGACCGUUCAACUACCAUGGACUCCUUAUCAAAAAUCAAAUCUACAGCCAGGAAUCCUACAAGAUGUUUCCAUCAAUUCGCUCCGAAAUUCCCCUUAUUCUCGUUUACGAGGAGGAAUUUCUCAAGAUAUCAUAUUCGAUAACGACAUUUCAUCAAGUCAAAAUUUAAUGUCCUUUAGAAGAAUCCCUCAAGAAGAAUCUGUGAACAGAAAUUUAUUUUACAGAAAUUUUCUGAAUAACUAUCCGAGGUCUUUAGACAGACGAGAAAUCUUUUCUCAGGACAAACCUGCGAAAGAAUAUCCUCGUGUCGUUCCAUCGAGGCAAGUUUUCGGUAGAUCGGAAAAUUUCUUCCUUAGAGAUCCUCGCAAUAAAUAUUCAGAAUCUUCAUUGGAAGAUUACAACGUGAUAAAGGAUUACAAAAAGGACGAAGAAAAUUCUAUGAGCAAAAUACCUGUCAUUUAUCGUGCCGACAGAAAUAUAGAAUCUUCGCGGGAAAAUUCAAGGGACUCUUCUUUUUCUUCAAAUGUUCAACUAGAGAGAUUCUUCCCUAAAUUUGAAAGUAAUUAUCGAUCUCGCAGGGAAGAUAUUCUCGAUGAAGAAAGAAAUACAAUCAAAUCUUCAAAUCCUGUCAAUCAGCAAUAUGAUCUCACGCAUCCUCGAGUAAGAGAAUAUAAUCACAUAAGAUUCGGUCCGUCAGAAAUUAAGCGUGAUCCUUACGUUAAAGAUACAGAUGUUUCAACAUCGAUGAAAAAUCACGAAUUCUUCGACAAUUGGGACAUUGCCAAUGAUUCAUCGCCAUCCUCGAAUCUGGGACAGUUAAGAAAUAAUAUCUUGCAUUCUGCGGAAAAACAAGAAGUUAUUCCCGAGGAAAUUAAUAAACAAAUUGAUUUUAAUUCUGAAUUUCCUCGGAAUUUGAAUAUGUGGGAUAGAAGAGACGAAUUGUUUAAAUCUUUGAUGAAAUCAAAUAUUGAACCCUUUGAAAAUGAGGAAGAUAAUGAUUAUCUCAUGGACGAGGAAGAAUAUCUUGAAGACAAGACGGAAAAGGAUAUCAAGACUGAACAGGAUAGUUAUCCUCGCGUUUUUCCUCAGAAUAUUUUGAGGGGAAUACAAGACGAAGAGCUCCUCGAUAGUUUGAAUGUCAUGCGUGAACAUCCCCAAAAGUUUCAAGAGACGAAGGAAUUGAGAUUACAUUCAGAAGAAGAUGAUAACGAAUACUUUCAAGAUGAAGACGUGAUCAUUUCAGACAAAACAUUCACUAAUGUCGAAUCUGCUCGUGCCCCUGUGAUUAAUGCCUAUAAUGCUUAUAUACUUCCUCGAUAUUUAAAUAUUUUAAAUGAUAAGAAGCAGCUUGUCAUGUAUGAGAAAAAUAAAAAAUUAUCAGAAGCUAGAAACGAUCUAUACACGAAUUCUGUAAAAGAAAUGGAUCAGGAAUUCUUUGAGGAUGAGGAUAUUGUGCAAGACAAUAUACGCAUUCCGGAUUUGACACUUUCUAAAGACAUUUUCAAUGUGGACGAAUAUAGUAAGCCUAUUACUAAUAUGCAAAAUUACGUAAGAAACAAGAAUGAGGCUUUGACAGAACUUGAUCCUGAUCUACUCGAUGACAUCGAAGAUCCUCCAGUAGAAACAACCAAAUCGUCAUUAACGUAAUUCUUUGUUAAGACUUUUUUAGUGAUAAUAAUAGAGAAAAUUGUUUGUAUUAUAUAUAAAUAUUCUAGUUGAGUU